ACACAGAAGGGCAGUAAAAGAGUAUAAUCCGAAGAAACGAGAUACCAUCUAUAUUGGGAAAUCUGGAAAUACCCAGUAUCAUCAACGAUUGAUCCGUUAUUAGUACCCGACCCGGAGACCCGUUGGAAAGCUCCCUUAUCCCUAUCCAAAAAUAAUAACUUAUUAAACAAACUCACGUCACCUUUUUGUCACCGGAGGCCUUAUAUUUGCGCUUACAUAUUCUAAUUCCAAUCCGACACGAGGUGACGACCCCCCCAAGCUGGGGAUAACAAGAAAUAGACUUUCGAAUUCCUCGCUAGUCCACGCGUCCUAAAAAACCACAAAACGAAUCUAGAAGUUUAUUCCGACGACGAGACAUACGAUACGAACUAUUAGGCCCCCUUGGGAUUGGUGCACUUCACUUCGCGUCGAGCAAUGGCGAGUUCAACUCCGCAGAAUGUUAUUCGCAGGAAACUAGUCAUUAUUGGCGAUGGAGCUUGCGGCAAGACCUCUUUACUGAGCGUCUUCACGCUCGGAUACUUCCCAACCCACUACAUUCCGACCGUUUUUGAGAACUACGUAACAGAUUGCAGAGUUGACGGCAAGUCGGUACAAUUAGCAUUAUGGGAUACGGCUGGUCAGGAAGACUACGAGCGAUUGCGACCGCUCGCAUACUCGAAGGCGCAUGUGCUACUAAUAGGGUUCUCGAUCGAGUCGCCUGAUUCUCUUGAUAACGUGAAGCACAAGUGGGUAGAAGAAGCGACAGAACGAUGCCCCGGCGUCCCUGUCAUCUUAGUAGGACUAAAGAAGGAUCUACGAGACGACCCGGUAGCGAUCGAGGAGAUGCGCAAGAAAAGCCUAAAAUUCGUGACGGAGCGACAAGGCGAGCAAGCCGCGCAGGAAAUCGGCGCGCGCAAGUAUCUCGAGUGUUCGAGUUUGAGCGGAGAGGGCGUCGACGACGUGUUUGAGGCCGCCACCCGCGCCGCUCUCCUCACCUUCGAAAAGGGCGAAGGCGGCGGAUGCUGCGUCAUAUUAUAAGGCGGCGCAGCGCAGUACGGCACGGCACGGCAUGGCAUGGCACGGUACGAACUCGACGCGACUUGUAGAAUGGGCCACGGGAAUCGACACACGAACACGAGCAGGAAAUGUCCCCGGGGAACAGAUUUAAACCA